CUCCUUUUGUGACUAACUGGAAAACAAAAAAUACGAAAAUAAAGGAUUUUUCCCUUCGUUAAUCGACGCACGAACGGCAUCUGAUGCAGUGAUCGCACUCUUCGCAAGUCACAAAAACACGAAAUCUGUCUGUCCACUCCUCCGUGCUCCGAAUUUUCAUCUCAGCAGCAAAACCAAAAAUCGUCAUGGAAUCGAUAGACGGCGACGAAAACGAGGAUAUUUACAUCAACUCGUCGGAUGGAUUGCCCUGCGAGCAUCCCGUCAUUCCCGAGGGCGACAUUGACGAGCCCGAAGUCGACGAGGAGAGCUUCGACGACUUGCCAACGUCGAUAAUUGUCACGAAUAUUCACUCGAAUGUCUUUGCGAGUGAAGAGUUGAAGCGAGAAUUGGAGAAUUUGUUCAAGAAUUUCGGGGAUGUCAUCACGUUUCAGUGGUUGAAGAGCUUUAAACGGUUGAGAGUAAACUAUGAUAAUGGAAUUUCUGCUGCAAAUGCCCGUAUUCAGUUGCAUCAAUAUCGAUUCGAUAACGAGAUGUUGAUUAAUUGCUAUUUUGCUCAACCUAUUACGCCGAUUACGAACAAAAAUUUGCAGCCUCCAAAGCCAUUUAAACAGUUUCUUAUUUCGCCGCCUGCGUCGCCGCCAGCUGGAUGGGAGCCCCGCGAAGAAAACGAGCCAUUGGUCAACCACGACUUGCUCGCAGCAUUAGCUACCCUCACGCCCGGCGAAAGUCACGAGUUACUCCCGCAAACGGAAAACAAACCGGGAAUUUUCGUUCAUGCAGCUCCGCAACUAAACACGGGCGACGCAACAAACAACGACGGGCCCUCCGCAAAAAUUCCAAUUAUGCAAACUGCUUGUCCCGAACGAACUUAACUCUUGUUCCGCGCGAAUUUCUGCUUUAUUUAAGAAUAAUCGACAAUCUUUCGUUCAAUUUUUUUUUUCAUGAUUUUUCGAUGAAACUUGAAGAAAAAAAAGAGAUGAUGAUGAUGGAAACGUGUGAAUUAAAAAAAAUUGUUUCUCUUGUGUUUGCAGUAUUUUUGUUGUUAAAAUGAUUAUUUAUGUGAAGUCUGUAGUAGAAAAAAAAUUUAAGUUGUAAGAAAAUUAGAAGAGUUUGAAAUUUGGUGAAUGCCAGAUAGGAAAUUACUUAGCUAUUUAUGUGUUAUAUAACGACGAAUUCAAUUCAAUUGAGAGUUAAACAUUAAAAAAUAAA